UUGAUUGGUGCCGGCCGGGAGGAAGCUGUGCGGCGUCCUGCGUGAUUCCGUCACUGCGUCGCCGCCGCGCCCUCUCACCGAGGUUUGAAUGUGAAGCGGAGCUAGAGCCGUAGGAGGAGUUACUGCUGCUGUCGUCGUUAGCAGCCCUGUCAGGGGGAUCCGUCAGGUUCUGCAGUUAUGGAACUGAGUGAUGCCAAUUUGCAGACAUUGACAGAAUACUUAAAGAAGACGUUAGAUCCUAAUCCUGCCAUAAGGCGACCUGCGGAAAAAUUCCUUGAGUCGGUUGAAGGAAGCCAGAAUUACCCACUGCUACUCUUAACACUACUGGAGAAGUCACAAGAUAAUGUCAUCAAAGUCUGUGCCUCUGUCACAUUCAAGAAUUACAUUAAACGGAACUGGAGAAUUAUUGAAGAUGAACCAAACAAAAUAUGCGAAGCUGACAGGAUAGCCAUUAAGGCCAACAUAGUGCACCUAAUGCUUAGCAGUCCAGAACAAAUUCAAAAACAGUUAAGUGAUGCUAUUAGCAUAAUUGGUAGAGAAGAUUUCCCUCAGAAAUGGCCUGACCUGCUAACGGAGAUGGUGAAUCGCUUUCAGAGUGGAGACUUCCAUGUUAUUAAUGGAGUUCUUCGUACAGCACAUUCUUUAUUCAAAAGGUAUCGUCAUGAGUUUAAAUCAAAUGAACUGUGGACAGAAAUCAAACUUGUCCUUGACGCCUUUGCAUUACCCUUGACAAAUCUCUUUAAGGCCACAAUUGAGCUUUGCAAUACUCAUGCAAAUGAUGCCAGUGCUUUGAAAGUUCUCUUCUCCUCGCUGAUUCUGAUUGCUAAGCUGUUCUACAGUUUAAAUUUUCAAGAUCUUCCUGAAUUUUUUGAAGAUAACAUGGAAACCUGGAUGAUGAAUUUUCAUAAUCUUUUAACUUUGGAUAACAAACUCUUACAGACAGAUGAUGAAGAAGAAGCUGGUCUUCUGGAGCUUUUGAAAUCCCAGAUUUGUGACAAUGCAGCCUUAUAUGCCCAAAAAUAUGAUGAAGAAUUUCAGCCUUAUCUGCCCCGCUUUGUCACAGCAAUAUGGAAUUUGUUAGUCACAACAGGUCAAGAGGUUAAAUAUGAUUUGUUGGUAAGUAACGCAAUCCAGUUUCUGGCUUCGGUUUGUGAGAGACCCCACUAUAAACACCUGUUUGAAGACCAGAAUACACUGACAAGUAUUUGUGAAAAAGUUAUUGUUCCCAACAUGGAAUUUAGAGCUGCUGAUGAAGAAGCUUUUGAAGAUAACUCUGAAGAAUAUAUCAGAAGAGAUUUGGAAGGAUCUGAUAUUGAUACUAGACGCAGAGCAGCCUGUGAUCUUGUAAGAGGGUUAUGCAAGUUUUUUGAAGGACCUGUGACAGGGAUCUUUUCUGGCUACGUUAACUCUAUGCUGCAAGAAUAUGCAAAGAACCCAUCUGUCAACUGGAAGCAUAAAGAUGCUGCUAUUUACCUUGUAACAUCUUUGGCAUCGAAAGCUCAAACACAAAAGCAUGGAAUAACACAAGCCAAUGAACUUGUAAAUCUGACAGAAUUCUUUGUGAAUCAUAUUCUACCAGAUCUGAAGUCUCCUAAUGUGAAUGAAUUCCCUGUGCUUAAGGCUGAUGGUAUCAAGUACAUAAUGAUUUUCAGGAACCAAGUACCUAAAGAACAACUGUUGGUGUCUAUUCCUCUCCUAAUCAAUCAUCUUCAAGCAGAAAGUGUUGUAGUUCAUACUUAUGCAGCCCAUGCCCUUGAGAGAUUAUUUACAAUGAAAGGGGCUAACAAUACUACACUAAUUACAGCUGCCGAGAUGGCACCAUAUGUGGAAAUGCUACUAACAAACCUUUUCAAAGCUCUGACGCUUCUGGGAUCAUCUGAAAAUGAAUAUAUUAUGAAAGCUAUCAUGAGAAGCUUUUCUCUGCUUCAGGAAGCAAUAAUUCCCUAUAUCCCUUCUCUCAUCACACAACUCACACAGAAACUGCUGGCUGUCAGUAAGAAUCCAAGCAAGCCUCAUUUUAAUCAUUACAUGUUUGAAUCAAUAUGCUUGUCAAUAAGGAUAACUUGCAAAGCAAACCCUACUGCUAUUGGAAGCUUUGAAGAUGCCUUGUUUAUGGUGUUCACAGAGAUUCUGCAGAAUGAUGUGCAAGAAUUCAUUCCGUAUGUUUUUCAAGUGAUGUCUCUACUUCUGGAGAUGCAUAAAAAUGACAUCCCCUCAUCAUACAUGGCCUUAUUUCCACAUCUGCUUCAGCCAGUCUUGUGGGAGAGGUCAGGAAACAUUCCCCCUUUGGUGAGACUCCUUCAGGCCUACUUGGAGAGAGGUGCAAAUACAAUAGCGAAUGCUGCAGCUGACAAAAUCCCUGGACUAUUAGGUGUAUUCCAGAAACUUAUAGCUUCUAAACUUAAUGACCAUCAAGGAUUCUACCUUCUCAACAGUAUUAUAGAACACAUGCCCCCUGAAUCCAUUGAUCAGUACAGGAAGCAAAUUUUCAUCCUUCUAUUCCAAAGACUCCAGAAUUCCAAAACAACAAAAUUUAUCAAAAGUUUCUUAGUCUUUAUCAACUUGUAUUGUGUGAAAUAUGGAGCAAUAGCACUUCAGGAAAUAUUUGACAGCAUACAGCCAAAGGGCUACUCUGUUUCUCAGGCAGAAGGUGUUGGGACUGGAACUGAAUCUGAAAAACAACUCAUCUCCUCACAAGUAGGCUUCAUAAUUAGGAUGUUUGGGAUGGUUUUAGAGAAAAUCAUAAUACCAGAAAUACAGAAAGUAUCUGGGCAAGUAGAAAAGAAAAUCUGUGCAGUUGGCAUCACAAAAAUACUCACAGAAUGUCCUCCUAUGAUGGAUACAGAAUACACAAAGCUGUGGACACCCCUUCUUCAGGCCCUCAUUGGUCUCUUUGAGUUGCCUGAAGAUGAUACCCUUCCUGAUGAAGAACACUUUAUUGAUAUAGAAGACACCCCAGGAUACCAGACUGCAUUCUCCCAGCUUGCCUUUGCUGGGAAAAAAGAACAUGAUCCAGUGGGCCAAAUUGUGAACAAUCCUAAAAUCCAUCUUGCACAGUCCCUUCAUAAGUUGUCUACUGCAUGCCCAGGCAGGGUUCCCUCAAUGCUGAGUACUAGCUUGAAUGCAGAAGCUUUGCAGUUUCUUCAAGGAUACUUACAAGCUGCAAGUGUAACAUUGCUCUGACCUCUUUAUUUUGAGUGACAGAAGUUCAAAGUUGCGUCAAAGAAUGCUGAAAUUGACUGUUCUAAACAAAGCUCAGACAAAGCUCGGAGUUGCUACUUCAAAAAACACAUCACUGAAUUAUUGCCUGAUACAGAAGCUGAAUGAUAUUUUGUUCAUUUGAUCAUAGUUAAAGAAGCAAGUGACUUUCCCAUUCCCAGUUUGCUUUCAAAGGGAAUAGUAAUAGGAGUUUCUCAUUUGGGAUUGAUUGGAUUUCCACAUCUGCAGUGUUUGGGUAACAUUUUUAAAUGUAUAGAGUACUGGCUGCAAACUCAUGUGGUCACUAUAUUUUUUUUCAGUUUACUGCCAUUUGUAUUUCUUUUGUGUCUCUAAAAAAAUUAUCCGAAUUGUGAAUAAAUAAGCUCUUGUUUAAAGUA